AAUUUUUUUUUUUUUUCUCUAUAAGACGCCAUUUUUUACAGUCGAUUGAUACAAACUCACCAUUAUCUAUUUAUCAAUAUAUUUUGCGCAACAAAAAUAGAAAAAUAUAAUUGCGCAAUAUUUAUUUUUAAUUGAAGAAUAAUUAUCGAACUCUAUCAACAAUAACUGUCAAAAAUAAAAUUGUUGUUAUUAUUAAAAUAAAUAAACAAAAAUAAAAAAUGUCAGAUGAUAUUGUUGAUCUUUAUGGAGGACUAUGGUCAAAAGUACAAACAAGAAUACAAAUAAAAGACAAUAUUUUAGAAUGUCGAGUUUGUGAUGAAGUAUACACAAUAGAUAGUGACAAGGUACCACGUCUGCUCCAGUGUGGUCAUACAGUAUGUCACUCAUGUCUUGUACGUUUACAACCAUGUUCAACUGAUGUUAAAUUUAUUCUUUGUCCAUUUGAUCGUCAACCAACUGAGCUAACAAAUGAUGGUAUACAUUGUUUAAAAAAAAACUUUGCACUUAUUGAUUUACUUGAACGUCUUGAACAAUCAACAACUAAAAAAUAUCUUGUAUUUGAUAAAGAAGAUGAAUCAAGUCAUCAAUUAUGUGAUGAAGAUGAUACACAUUUAGCUGUGUUAUAUUGUACAAUAUGUACAACACAUUUAUGUGAAGCAUGUGAUAUUUUAACACAUUCAUCAAAAACAUUGGGUAAACAUAGAAGAGUACCAUUAUCUGAAAAACCAAAAGAAAAACAAAAAAAUUGUAUUGGCUGUAUGCAAGAUGAUUGUCAUGAUUCAUUAAUGUGUUAUUUAUGUCAAGAUUAUGGACGUCAUUCAUCUCAUAAACCUGCACUUGUUGAAAUUGAAGCUAAAAAUGUUAGAAAAACAAUUGUUACAGCAUUACAAAGAAUGACACAAUUUAUGGAAAAUAUGAGAAAUACAGCUCAUAAAAUUGAAACAGUUAUACAAGAACUUGAUGGAUGGGCAAUUGAUGAUGCAAAACAUCGUGUUUGUCAACAUUUUGAAGAGCUAAGAAUACAACUUGUUGAACAAGAAAAACAAGCAUUACAAUGUGUUGAUACUGAAACAAAUGGUAGAUUAUGUGCAUUACGACAACAACAAGCUGAUUUAUUAUCAACAAGAUCACAAGUUGCUGAUGUAUGUAUUAAAUGUGAAAGUAUACUUAAUUAUGAAGAUUGGAAGUUAUUAACUAGUUUUGAUAAAAUAAAAAAUAUAUUAGUAUCAUUGGAAAAACAACAACAACAUUAUUCACAACUUGGACCAGAUUUUUUAACUCCAGAAUCAUCAAUUCCAAUAAUAUUUAGUCGUGAUAAUCGUGUACAUAUUGGAACAAAAAUUGAUAUGAGAAUUGUAAUAUUAGGUCUUGAUGGUUCUGGUAAAACAAGUAUAUUAAAUUCCAUGAGAGGUUUAACAACACAAUCAACACCACCAAUACCAACAAUUGGAUUUAAUGUUGAAAGUCUUGAAUAUGAAAAUCUUGUUAUAACACUUUGGGAUGUUGGUGGACAACAUAAAUUUAGAAAUAUAUGGAAACAUUAUUAUCACAAUGUACAAGCUGUUAUAUUUGUCAUUGAUUCAAGUGAUAGAUUACGUUUUGAAGAAGCAAAAAAAGAAUUAUCAAAAAUUGUCAAUGAAAAAGAAUUAAAAGAUGAAUUAUUUUUAAUUUAUGCUAAUAAACAGGAUAUUGAUGGUUGUGCUAGUGUUGAAGAGUUGACUGAUAUUUUAUCACUUCAAAAAUUAUGUUGUGGACGUGCUUGGCAUAUUCAGGGAUCAUCACCUCUAACUGAUCCAAGUACAUCAACCCAAGGACUUCAAUGGUUAACACAACAGCUUGGAGCCCAUGAUGCACUUGGUGCUGCAUCAACAAUUUAACUCUCUAUUAGAUAUAUUUAAAUAUUAUCCUAGUCAAUGGAAAUGUCUCUAUUAAAUAUUAAAAUUAUUUUGCAAGUGAUAGCUUUCUUUUUUAACUAUCAGAUGUUUUUUUUUUUCACGUUAAUUUUAUUUCUCUUUCUGGACAAAGAGACACACAAUCUUUAUAUAAUAAAAAUUUCACAUUUAAAAUGAGUUGAAGAAAAGAAAAUUAAAUUAUUAUUUUAAUCUUGCUAUGUAUAUUUUUUAUCAAAGUGUAUUAUUUUACUCACUGUUGAAGCUUUAACACAAAAGUUGGAUAAUUAAUUUAAACUUUGAAAAUAAAUUAAAACUUUAAUAAUAAAUUUAAUUUAUCAUAAAUCAUAUGACAGCUGAAAGAAUAAAUUAAUUAAAAUUAUUUAAUUAAAUUUUUACGUUAAUAUAUAUUCCUUGUUGUUUAAUAAUUAUUUAUUUUAUAAUUAAAAAAAUUAUCAAUGAACUAGAUUUGCAAUAGAAAAAUAAUUUACGAUUAUAAAGAAAAAUAAUUGCUUCAACUGGAUAAUAAUAAAAUAGUAAAAUACAAAUUUCACACUUCUAAAAAAAGUCUUAUUUAUUUAUCUGUUUAUUACAUGAUUAUUGGCGAUUGGAUUUUAUUGUAUCAAUAAUUGAUCAUCGAUUAUUACAUCACACAGUCAUCAUUCAUUCACAUACAAUUAAAAAAUCAUUUUUUCUCAAAAUGCAACAAAAAUAAAAACAAAAAACAAUAUUAAAAAAAAAAAAAAAGAUAAGAAAAAAAAAAUGACACAUAGUCAAUUAUAUAUAAUUAUAUAUCGCAAUUUUAAAUUACUUUAUUUUCAUUCUUUCAUUUAUCUUAAAUUAAAUCAAAAUUUUCAUUUUUUAUAAAAACACUUGACAAACAAAAACGGAACAACUUGUUGUUUUAUUUUUUUUCUUUUUUUUUUUUUUUAUAUAUAUAUAGGGAGCUAUGGUGUUGAACUUGGAGGACACAGAUUUGUUUUUUUUUUUUUUUUUAAAUAUAAUAAAUCCCUUCAUGCAAAUUACUCUCACUUUGGUUUUUUUUUUUUUUUUGAAAUAAAAUUUUUCGAAAUGUGUGUCGAGUUUAUUUGGAGGGAAAUAUUUUCUUUUUAUUCAUUUUUUUUUCUUCUGUGAAGAUAGCUCCUGGAAUACAGUCUGAGUCUCGUGUAAAGUAAAUUUUUUAAAUUUACAAUUCAUC